ACGCACCUUUCGCCUCAUUCGUGGCCUCGGGAGCAGAAGCAGAAGCAGAGCAGGGGCCAAAAACCCCACCCAACCCCCUUUCCUCUCCGGUCUCCGCCCCCGCACGGCCAAUGCUGCCGCCCCCGCCUCUCGCCCAGGGCAUGCCCCGUCCGGCCGCCGCCGGGGAGGACCACGCGUUGAUGGAUGAGGCACGCCCAGCAGCAAGGUGUGAGAUAUGUGGCAGUGCAGAGAACCAGCUGUGUAUGUUCAGCUGCAUCCAGUGCAAUGGCUCUCAACAUCGUUAUUGCAUGGCGGUGGCGGAAUUUGAAAUGAGAUACGACUGGUGUUGCUUUGAAUGCGAAAAAAAGUCUAAUGGGGACACAAAACCUAUUCAAGGUGAAAAAACAGAGUUUCAAAGGCCUGAUACGAGUCACAGGAAUGCGGCACAUCAAAUUGGUGUUAAAACACCACAGAUAUAUGAAAAUUCGAAAGUGAAGUUCAUUCCCUGUGAAGAGGCGGCACUGUUGAAUAGAGGGAGGCCAGCAGUUCAUUAUACGCGAAGAUUUGUUGCACGGCGUACACAGGUUCAUCCUGCAUCUCCUCCAAGUAUGAAGUGCACAUCACCCAGUAGACAGGUUAAUCCUGCAUCUCCUCCAAGUAUGAAGUGCAUAUCACCCAGUAGACAGGUCCAUCCUGCAUCUACUCCAAAUAUGAAGUGCAUAUCACCCAGUAGACAGGUUCAUCCUGAAUCUCUUCCAAAUAUGAAACAUUCGUCCAGUAUGAAGAGCACACUUCCCAGUAGAAAGGUUCGUCCUGCAUCUCCCCGAAGUAUGAAACAGUCAUGCAGUAUGAAGUGUGUAUCUCCCAGUAGGAGUGAUGGUCAAGCAUUUUCCUUGAAACGAUGCGCCGUUGCAAGUCAAAACCUGAUAAAAGUUUAUGAUACAAGGAAGAGACAGAAAAUGCAGUCAGGUGCGACGAUUCCUAUGAUUCCACAAAAUAUAGAAGAAGUUCAAAAUUUUGACCAGCAGCUUCAAGAGCAGCCUAAAGAAGAUAAGGUCCCCAGUGCAGAUAGAGGAACAUGCAACUCCUGGGUAGACGAUGAACCUACUGGGCAAAGUGCACCCAAUGCUUCAGUGCCGACAGAUGCUGAUAUUGGAUGCGGAUCUGGAACAAAGAGUACACACAAAAACAUAGACAUGCCAGUGGUCAUCAGCUCAAGUGCAGAGUUUGCAAGACGACCUCCACCAGAAGCAAUCUGGACGGGAUGCUUUCUUCUCGCUGAUGGAGAAAGUUCUAAUCUUGGUGAAUUUAAAGCAUACCUCCCAUCUGUAGUAUCAUCCAGAGUUUGUAAUAUCGCCAAUAAGAUGCCUAACAAUAUACAGUUGAAGAUAUUGCCUCGAAUGAAUUACUGGCCAAAGACCUUUGAGAAAUUCUGUCCAGUUUAUGAUGACAUUGCCUUGUUAUUUUUCUCUGAUGAACUUGACUGUUAUAACAAAAAGCAUCCUCAUCUCUUGGAGGCACACUGUGGUUUUGUCAUGAAGGCGUAUAUUGAUGACAUGAUGCUGUUGAUAUAUUCCUCGGAAGUGCUUCCACCCGACUCUCAGUGGAUAGAUGGUGAGAGUUACUUAUGGGGAGUUUUUGUGAAGCCAAAGCCAACGAGCACUCGUGCGAGGUUAGAUUCAGUUGCUACAUGACCUCUUGGUUUCUUUGGGCGUGAGCACAUCAGUAAAAGGCAGUCAAUUCUAGGGACGGUUGAGGACUCUCCAUCAUAUGGCACAAUGCUCGCAUUAUGGCGCAGAGGCACCGGACUGGGUUAAUCCACUGGGAAGCUCAUUGCUGAAAGAAGCUCGAAUUCACAUUCACCAGCUGUAGUGAUAGUUUGUAGAGACUUUGAUGUGAGUGUAAUGGGUUACUGGUAUCCUUUGUUUCCCAUCUUGGCUCUGUCUGUAUGCUUGAUCUGCAGUGGUUUGUUGCUGCUAAAGUGGAUAAGUUUUAGGAAGAAAACCGUAAAGUAGAACUUCUGGUGACUUGCUGGAUAUAUGUUGUACAAGUACGAGUGUUGUCAAAUUAGGAAGAAAACUGGCAAUUGCUAUGCUAUACUAUGGUUGGACGUCGCUCCCCUGAAA